AUGAGUCGAGAGACGUUCAAGUUUAUUCAAAUAACCAUUUUUCUUUUAUUAAUUGGGUUUUAUGCAUGUCAGUAUGUAGCACGAAGUAGCAAUUCUGUUCUGCACCCGACACCAUCAUUGUCGAUUGAAACAAGUAAGACGCGUGUUAUUUGUUACUAUACAAACUGGGCACAAUAUCGUGUUGAUCAGGGAAAAUUUACUCCUCAGAAUAUUGAACCAAAUUUAUGUACUCAUUAUAUUUAUGCAUUUGCUAUACUCAACGAUUCUUAUGCAUUAAAAAGUUACGAAUGGAAUGAUGAGGACACGUUGUGGGCUAAACAAAGAUACACAGAAUUUCAUCAAAAAAUUCGUACAAGUAUUCGACCGGUCAAAACUUUGUUGGCCGUGGGAGGAUGGAAUUUCGGGAUGGGAUUGAUUACGAAAAUGAUGUCAAAGAAAGAAUUUCGACAAACUUUUAUAACAACCUCAAUCGCACUUCUUCGACGAUACACGUUCGAUGGGUUGGAUCUUGAUUUUGAAUAUCCGGGCGAUAUGGAGCGAGGUAGCCCGCCAGAAGAUCGCGAAAGAUUUACAGUACUUUGCCGUGAGUUACGUGAAGCAUUUGAGAAAGAAGCAAAUGAAACAAAACGAGAACGUUUACUACUGACAAUUGCCGUUGCUGCUACACCUGAACGAUCGACAAAAGGAUAUGAAAUUCCAAAAUUAGUCAAGUCUGUAUCGUCUGAACUGAAUUACAUUGAAAUUACUAAUUUGCUAUUAAUCUUUGACAGGUACGUCGAUCUAAUUUCAAUCAUGUCCUACGAUUUCUUUGGCUCGUGGAAUUCCCAAACAGGAUUUAACACGCCAUUGCAUCCUCGUCCUGGAAAUACCGCACAUCAAGAUUUUAAUGUUAUUAGUUCAUUAGAAUAUUGGUUAUUGGAAGGAGUUCCACCAUCUAUGCUUAAUUUAGGUCUGGCAACAUACGGACGAUCGUUUACAUUGAAAUCAACAGAUUCGUAUGGGAUUAAUGCACCCACGAUUGGUCCAGGUACGAGUGGAAAAUAUACAAAUGAGAACGGCAUUUAUGCAUUUUAUGAAUUAUGUAUGCUGCGUGAAACAGCUCAGUGGAACCAUUAUUACGAUGAUAUUCAAGAGUGUCCGUAUAUGGUCAAAGAUGACCAAUGGAUUGGAUACGAUACGGAAUAUAGUCUUGCACUAAAAACCCGACUAGCCCAGUGUUAUGGAACGGGUGUUAUGUUUUGGACAUUAGAUUUUGAUGAUUUUUCUCGUAUGUGCAACACAAGUUCAACAACUUAUCCAUUAAUUAAAUCUGUUUUAAAUACUCUUAAACAAAAACCUACCGCUAAAAUGUGCGAUAUAAUUACAAGGACAACUGAAGAUCUACAAUAUUUGUCAAGUACAGUAUCGGCUCUUAGGUCGAAACAUGUGUUUGUAAUUAUUUUUGUGGUGUUACUCCUGUUAAGUAGAAAAGUUGACAAUGAACUAGAACAAUAA